CAUGGCGGAUGUAGAGGCAACCAAGUCUCUGAGCGGUUUGCUAAGUGGAAUAGCUCAGAAAGUUUAUUACAACAAUACAGAAAUCACAGAGGAGCUGCUGAAGCACGAGCUGUACCCGGAACUGCCUCAAGAUGAGUUCAAGGCUCUGCACCAGAAGAUGAAAGGCCUGCUGAAGUCCAUCGCCACAGCAGACAUGGACCACGCUCAGCUGGAGGCUUUCCUCACCGCUCAGACCAGGAAGCAGGGAGGUGGAGUGACGGCAGAACAGGCAGCCGCUCUCUCCCGCUUCUGGAAGAGCCAGCGUGUCCGUGUGAGGGAGAGCUUGCUGGCUCAGAGCCGCUGGGAGCCCGGCCUCAGGGGCCUCUCCUGGAGGGUCGACCUGCAGACGGCCGGCAGCAGGGGAGACGCGGUUCACAGCGGACCGGUCGCUCUGAUGGAGCUGGAGCUGGGCCGAGCCGGACAGGACUCAGAGUUCGUGUGUCUGGAGUUUGACGAGGCCAAAGUCAACCAGGUGCUGAAGAAGAUGGCGGACAUCCAGGAGAGCAUCGACAGAAUUGUUCACCGCACCUAAAACUUGUGUGAGACUUUUAUCUCAGACAGCAGAGAGACAAUGAGGUGUGGCUGAAAGAUGACCAUCCUCCACACGACUCCUACUAUCUCUGUUUCAUUGUGUUUAACAGACAUGGGAGUUGUUCAGACCUGUAAGAGUCAGACUGGAUCCAACAUGGCCUCCACACCUGCUACACACUCAGAAAGGAAGAUAUGACCUGCCAUCUGUUGUGUUCAUGUUUGAUCCUGAAGGGUCUGACUUGUUGAUGGACCAAAAGAUCAUUGCUUUCUUGACCUGUUUUGAUUCAAAUUGCAGCACUGAUUCACUGUGUUUGUGUUUUUAUAUCAUGUUUUCCAUUUGAGGUCCACCCCUGAUAGGAUGGAGGUUGCUCUCUGGCCAUAGUGAUAAAAAAGAUAAAAACAUACAGCAGCUGUGGUCCUCUGAAAGAAGGGAAGGGUGGAGUCACUGAAGAGGACCUAAGGACGCCCUGAAAGUUCAAUACAAUGUGUAAAAAA